AAAAUCGGUCUAUAAAGAUAAGCCGGUACCAGAUAGUGUUUACUGAUAACAGCAUGGUCUUAUCACAGAAUAUAAAAUAUUCAGCGUAAAUGUAAAUACAAAAUUAUUACAGAACUAAAUUGUCAUAUUUUAAACAUUACCCAAAAUGUCGCUCCCUGCAAAAACCUUUGUUAGAUCAUUUUCCACUGGCACGGUAAGAAACGGAAAGAGAAAUUUCAAAAACUUCAUACUGUACAAUCGAGGAACAAAUCAGUUCAGAAAACAACAAGAAGAAAACCCCAAUAAAGAUUUUCAAAUUUCCGAUUAUGGAAUACGAGACACCACUGUCAGGAUUGGCCGCAAGUUUGUAACUGUCAAAGAAAAAAUUCCAGAUAUUAUUGUUCCAGAUUUGGAAAAUUUCAAUUUAAAGCCGUACGUGUCCUACAGGGUUCCUGAAAUUACCCAAUCUGAAUUUACAGCACAAGAUUUAUUCAACGCUGUUUAUCGCAAAAAGAUUGUAGAUGAUUUCAAGAAUAACAAACUGAAACAAAAUUAUGAACCUAUAGAACCCAGUGAGGAAGAAUCAUUAUCACCUGAACAAGCUAAACUAAAAGCGAGACAAACAGGCAGUGAUAUGUUCUCACAAGGCAGAUAAAUUCAAAUGCUUAGUUUAAUUGAUAGAUUUUUGUAUACAUGUUGUUUUGAAUUUAUUUCAAAUUUAGUAAUAUAAUAUGGAUAAUAUUAAUGA